UGAUGAAAUUACACAAGCUUCGCCUCUCUCCCUCUUUGCCUGCUGUGCAGCUUCUCACUCUCUCCCGUUCUCUUUGGCUGCCUCCGCACACUCCCUCCCUGCUGGCUUUGCAGCCAGGGUGGGGGAGGCAGGGAUGCAGGUAGGACAGGCUGCCCUGGACUCCCUCCCAGCCCUGGGCUCCCUCGGCUGGGAUCCCCAGAGCUGCAUCAUUGGCAUGCGGCGCCCGGCAGGACUGCAUCACUGCUAGAGGAGAUGCCAGCGCAGAGCCUCACUGCGCCGCGCAGGCAGCAGCAUCACUGACAACUUGGGGUGCUCAAGCACCUGGAUGCGGUCGCAGCAGGAUGAUUGGUUUGGCUUGCAGAGCAUUUACUUCUAAUCUCCGGCUUAUGACAUCCUAGCGGAAAGGGGCGACCCUUUCAGGAGCAUCUCCACGGGCUAGGAAGAGGGGAAAUGGCUGGUGAACGGCUGUGAAGAACUAUUUCCUAGUUCUGGACAUAACCUUCACCACCACAAUGAAUCAGGAAAAACCUGUCAAAUCCUCCUAGCUCCCUGGCUGUGCAAUUUGCUGUUCCCUUGCUGUUCACCAGACAGCAGCUCUUCCCACCCAAAGCACAGAAGAAGCCAGCAAGUCACAAAUGACAACUGAAAAGUGAAGCGUUACCAAAAGCUGUGUGAGAGACUGUCAGAGAGAAACUUUAUAUAGUAAUUCUCCUUCUGAGCCUGGGAAGCUGUGUUCCCAUCAGCUCCAAAGAACAGAGAGAUGUUCAAGUAACCAAUACCAGAAAUUGCACAAAUCAAUACAUCUAUUAGAGUAUUUACACACAGUGAUCUACAGCAUUUAGAAAACUCCAUUCAGAAUGGAUGAUGGGUAUAGAAACACAAACCUCUAUCAAGGGGGCAGGGAGGCAAACCAAGUCUCAGAUGACUACAGGUACCAGGAUGGUAACUAUGAAGGUUAUGCACCCAAUGACAGCUACUAUCGUGGCGGGGAUGAGCCUGCUCAUGAAGAAGAUGCCCAGAGUGAUGUUACAGAAGGCCAUGAUGAAGAUGAUGAGGUCUAUGAGGGGGAGUACCAAGGGAUCCCGCACCCAGAUGACAUUAAAGAAAAGCAGAAGAAGCGAGCUCCUGCUGUGGCUGAUGAGUACAGAGACCGUGCAGACCUUAUGGCAGAGAGGAUGGAGGACGAGGAGCAACUAGCCCACCAGUAUGAGAACAUCAUUGAGGAGUGCGGCCAUGGACGCUUCCAAUGGACCCUCUUCUUUGUUUUAGGGUUGGCACUGAUGGCAGAUGGGGUGGAGGUGUUUGUGGUUGGAUUUGUUCUCCCCAGUGCUGAGAAGGAUAUGUGCUUAUCCAGUUCGAACAAGGGGAUGCUAGGCUUGAUAGUCUACUUAGGAAUGAUGGUGGGGGCUGUCAUGCUGGGCGGCCUUGCUGAUAAACUGGGAAGAAGGAAAUGCCUCAUCAUAUCACUUGCAAUCAAUGCUGCCUUCGCAUUCCUCUCCUCCUUCGUCCAGGGAUAUGGAUUUUUCCUCUUCUGUCGCCUUAUCUCAGGCCUCGGUAUUGGGGGAUCCCUCCCCAUCGUGUUUGCAUAUUUCUCUGAAUUCCUAUCUCGUGAGAAGAGGGGGGAACACCUGAGCUGGCUUUGCAUGUUCUGGAUGAUCGGGGGCAUUUUUGCUUCAGCAAUGGCUUGGAGCAUCAUCCCGCAUUACGGCUGGGGGUUCAGUAUGGGAACCAAGUACCACUUCCACAGCUGGAGAGUCUUUGUACUUGUCUGCUCUCUGCCCUGUAUCGCCUCCCUGGUGGCACUGAAAUUCAUGCCUGAAAGCCCACGUUUUUUGCUGGAGAUAGGUAAACAUGAUGAAGCCUGGAUGAUCCUCAAGCAUGUUCAUGACACCAACAUGCGGGCCAAGGGUGAGCCAGAGAGGGUGUUUACGGUUUCCUAUAUCAAAACUCCAAAGCAAAUAGAUGAAUUUAUUGAAAUCCAGAGCUCAACAGGGACCUGGUACCAGCGGUGGCUGGUCAGAAUCACAACCACUUUCAAACAGGUCUGGGACAACGUGCUAUAUUGUUUAACAGCCCAGUACAGGACAAACACACUGAUGCUGGCUGUGGUUUGGUUUACAAUGGCCUUAAGUUACUACGGCCUUACUGUCUGGUUCCCUGAUAUGAUCCGGUAUCUCCAAGAAGAGGCAUAUGAAUCCCAAGUGAAGAUCUUCGAUGAGGAAGAAGUGUCACACUUCACCUUUAAUUUCACUCUGGAAAACCAGAUCCAUAGAAAUGGGGAAUACAGAAAUGAUAAGUUUAUUGGCAUGAAAUUCAAGGAAGUGAGAUUUGAGGAUUCGCUAUUUGAGGAAUGUCAUUUUGAAGAUGUGACAUCCAGUGAGACCUUCUUCGAAAACUGCACCAUCACCUCCACUGUCUUUUAUAACACCGAUCUCUAUGAACACAAAUUCAUCAACUGCAGGCUCAUAAACAGUACGUUUCUGAAGGAGAAGGAAGGCUGUCACCUGGACUUCGAGGAGGACAAUGAUUUCCUGAUCUACCUGGUUAGCUUCCUGGGCAGCCUGUCUGUGCUGCCAGGCAACAUCAUCUCUGCAUUACUCAUGGACAAAAUAGGGAGGAUAAAGAUGAUCGGUGACUCAAUGUUGAUCUCGGCGGUGUGCUGCUUCUUUCUCUUUUUCGGCAACAGUGAGUCGGCAAUGAUCGGCUGGCAGUGCCUCUUCUGCGGGGCCAGCAUUGCUGCCUGGAACGCCCUGGACGUGAUCACCGUGGAGCUCUACCCCACUGACAAAAGGGCAACAGCCUUUGGCAUCCUCAAUGGGCUUUGCAAGUUCGGUGCCAUUCUGGGGAACUCAAUCUUUGCCUCCUUUGUGGGGAUAACCAAGGUGGUUCCCAUCCUUCUGGCUUCCUCUGCCCUGGUUGGAGGUGGCCUGGUUGCUUUGCGCCUGCCAGAGACUCGAGAACAGGUCCUCAUGUGAGCAACUGAGGCCAGGGGGAGCAGGGGGGCAGACACAGAAGAAGAACAAAAAAGAGCCAUAUUUGGAAAAAUCGAGGUGUCCAUUUCUAUACUGUUCUGUCAAUACCUCGAAGAGAGAGGGCGGAGGGAAAGAAGAACCCAAAGGGAUAAAAGCAAAGCCCCUAGUUUCUGACCCUUUUACAGCCACGACUGGUGCAUGCAGCUACCACACACCCCUUGCAGAGCUUGGGUUUAACCUUGCCUACACCGGGAAUCUACCCUGUCCCUCUCCAUCCCAGUGUAACAGCACAGGACGCGAACAGCGGCUUCGUGCAUGUGUGUGCCUGCAUGGGCGUGAGCGUAUCUGACGGGAGAACAGAUCCUGACCCCCUUAUGCCUUCGCUGAGCUGUGAGAUACUGCCUGCCUUGCCCAGCACUACUUGGCAAUUCAUAUCAGAUAUGCUAAGACACGAGGGGCAUCUGAAGGGAAGGCAGGUAACAAACCUACUGUAGGUGAGCUCCAGCAAUAGGGACAAGAGCUAUAAAUGUGACUAGUGACCCUAGCUGUCUUGAUUUUGGGGUUACCACCUGAACCAACUGGAAGAGUGAGAGAAUCCUGAUCUCUAGAGGAUAUGAGGGUGCGUGCUCGGCUCUCUAAGAAGAAUCAGGAUUUCAAAGCUCUUUAUUGUCUUCAUUUGGGCAUAGAGAAUCACUAGGCACCUUCUUGGUCUGAGAGAGAAAUAUAUACAUAAUUAUAUAUAUAUAUGUAUCUACACAUACUUGCAAACAUCCAUACACACAUUGAAGUAAUCAGCUAUUGAAAUUUAGCAUUUUUAAUAUCUGCACCCUGAAGAUGAUCUGAAGAGAGACACUACAAACUAAUCCCACUAAUUCAAGAUUAUCUGGAGUCAUGACCAGCUUAGUGAUGCUUCAUUCUUUAUAUCCAGACACCAAAUAUAUAAAUGUAUUGAUGGCUGGGAAUAUAUAUUUCUAUGAUGAUUAAGAAUUUUUUUCCUCAGCUUUCAGAGAGAGGAAAUUGAUAUGAUGUUGGAGCAUUCCACAAACCAAAUGUGUACAUAUUAUCCAGAGUAAAUAGGGACUUUUUGUCUAAUACCUAGAGUAUGGUAACUGUGAAUUUACCAGCAUUUUAGCCAUAUUAUUUAAAGAAUAUGAUGCUUGAUUUUCUUACAUACUUGGAUCUCACUGAAACACAGUAAGCACAGUUACUUAAAGCCAUUUAACUUGUUACACAGGGAAUGCACGCAGCAAGCUUUCACUGUGCAGAACAUUAAAUUUUCCAUUAAAUGGGACAGUUAAGUUUGAUACACUGUUAAGACCAUUUUUGAAAUUCAUAUGCCCUUUUUGUCAUAUGACUUAAGUUCUGCUGCACCUAGAAGCAGAGUGAGUUGUGUAUUUUUGGAUAUACUUUCUGCGGAAGUAGGCAUGAAAUGCAUACUGUUAAAUAACACAGCAGUGCUCACAAUUGACUAGAUAGUAUUAUUAGACCCUUCCAACAAGCUCAGCAGUAGACCAGAAUUGAUAAGAAACUGUCACAUAAUGCAGGGAAUUUGUCUCACCAGGAUAUCUGUGACAUAAAAAGUUCUUUUGUACUUUUGCUAAUGACCUUUCUAUUUACCCUUCUUUGGGUCCCUCUUUUUUUUUUCUUUUUUUUUUUUUUUAAAGAAAAGAAAAACACGCAGGGCUAGGCUGAAGUCAGGCAGGACUGAAGUCUAACACCUCUGCCUUCAGCUGUGCAGAAGCAGCCUACACUAACAGCUCACACUGGGGCCAUCCCACCGUAACGGGGGGAGCCAGUGUUGGUGCUGCUGCAGAGAACAGCUGAAGGACACCGAGCGUGGUUAGAUCACAGGAAGAAAAUCCUUACUGAUGAGGCAAAACCCUCUAAUGAGCAUCACUUUUAUCAUUGAGUCAAUCAGAGAUAAACACUGACAGAGCAGCUAGGCUGCAAUGGGCUAUUUGGGAUUUUUGAGAUUUAUUCUGAGGUUUAUGAAAUUGAUAAAAUCACAAGCUGCUGUAAUAACCAAGCUUAUUAUGCCUCAUUUCUUCAUUUUAUGGGUAGCUUAGGGCCUUUUUUUGAUUUGUCUUCAAAACAGCAAGGUUCCUUCUCUAAGGUAGGAGUGAAUGUAAUUAUGUCCUUUGGCAGCAGUUCACAGCUUCUGUUGAGAAUCACAGCCCAGAAUGUGGUUUUUUCUCUAAGAAUGUCUGGUCCUUUUGCAUGGUGAGAAGCAGCUAAAUAUGUAUUUCAACACAAAAGAUCACCAUGGUCUUUAUGUUUCAUCCAUUUUGUAGGCACGCCAAUUACCAUGCUGCAUUUGGGGGGAAAAAAAAAGAAAAGCUCAUUUCGUUUCAUUUUCUGGACUGUUCUGUUGUGCUGCUCUGUAGAGCCAGAACUUACCUCUAUAUAUUUCACAAAGCACUCUUGGUUACAUAUCAUCCAGUGCUCUGACAGCACGCCCGACUAUUUGUGUUUCCCAUUGACAUUGUACAGUGACACUAAUGACAUUAUUUAUUUUGCAAAACUUCUCUGUUAAUUUUUGGAGAAAGGAAGAAGUUGAGGUCUUGAGGAGAUAGAAAGGGUAAGGUAAUAUCAGGAAAUGUUAUAAAAUCUUAGAAGCCUUUCUUCAUUACAGAAUGGUUCUUUCACAGGCUGCUAAACCCCGCCUUCCAAAGGUUAGCUGUGACAAGGUAAAGGGCAAUAGAUUCUUGUCUAUGUGACCCAGGCUACCCACGUGACUGUAGAGAUUCUCUGCACCCCUAAAAUCCAUGGGUCAGUCACCUGAGGACUAGGGGACAAUGCACGUGAGUUGUGACAAGGCCUAUCCCUGACUUGACCAGGGAGUUCAUGACCUAAUAGGAGAGGGCAAAGACACACUGCAGCUGGUACACGAGGGCGAGGGAAAGGACACCAAUGAACAGAGAAGGAAGAAAGGAAAAGCUAAGGAUAAACCAUAUCACCUAGCCUUAGCCAUCUGAGAGUUAGACGUCUGGAUCUGAACUCAUCACCCUGGGUACUCAUUAUGCUCAGUUGAAGAGCAUAGGCAAUAUAUGUGUCCAUGCUUAGGCACCAUGACGAGAAGAAGAUAGGUUGCCCCUGGAUGGCCCUGUCCCUCUCCUGUAACAGAGAAAUGCAGGGCAACAGCUCCAGCUCAGCCAUUUACCUUUGUGACACCUGGGUUGAUGUCUCCCGUCCAACUUCAGUGUGAACAAGGCUUAGUCAAUACUCCUGGUAUGUUUAUUUUCCUUAUCUUCUUCUAAAUCAGUAUAGGCUUCACAUUACUGCUCUCCAGAGCAAAAUGGUUGAUGUGUGCAGUCCCCUCAGCAUUGGCUGUGCUUUGAUAUGGGUCUCAGUUUCAAGCUGUGGGCUACCUGCUAGGCUGAGCCUGAGCCACAAUGCCCCAGAGCACCAUGCAGGGAGAGGCUUCUCAUGAGGCACCUCCUCUUAUGGCUCAGCUUUAUUUUUACUGUAAACAUUAUACCUGCAGUGCAAGGGCCAGCACACCUCCUCCAUUGGUCCCCCCGACUACCUUUGCCAUAGUGAACAGCCUUCUUGUCUUGGAUACACUGGACCAUCCACAGAGAAGAAGAAAACUGCUGACACCUGCCCCACUGACGAUCCCUGCAGAGCACUAUUUCCUUGGAUUCAUGAACUUUACUGCAACAAGGGCACAGAGGACCAAGACAGGGAACUUGCCUUAAAUCCCAAAGACCUCUUCUAGAGGACAGCUGGACCUCUUCAUGCAUGCGUGGCACACCAGUCCAGCCACUUAGCCCGAAAGUGGCUGGGAAAGGCGGCUCUGGGGAACCUGAACUUGCCUGCUGUGACUUAGUGUCUUUAUCUGUACAGCAGUGUAAUGGGAUCAUAGGAGGAGUUCAUUACUGAGCUUCUGAGCAUGCAGAAACAAACACUCAGAGGAACACAAACCACCGUUGAUACUGUUACAAAAGACCAGUGGUAUUACGAUAAGAGUUCUGCCUCCUUGUAUUCCCUGUCAAUUUAACUGGUUGUCAUACCGUUACUUCAGUUGUGCAGGACAGCUCCUGCCAUCACCUCUGGCUCUGCUACAUCCUACUGGUGGUGCUGCAACAUGGGCUGGGUGGGGUGAUGCCCCUCCAUAUGAUCCUCAUCCCCUUAAAAUGCUAUGUGUCAUAUAAACAGUGGUGUAUGGAUCUUUUGGACUGAGAAAAGUCUUGGACUCUUGGAAAACCCAUAUGGAAAGCCAGACGUUCUGCACACUGGGGAGUGGUCAGACAGCCCGACAUCCUUUGAUGAUACUGGAGAGGCGCACUAAGGGAUAUUCCCUGAGCCUGGGAGUGGUCCAGCCCCCCAGCUGGGUUUACACAGGGGCACAGAGUGAGGCUGCAUGGAGCUGAGCUUUCUGCAGACAUGCAGGUCUCUUCCGGGUCCUGCUUUGACACCUCCAACAACAGAGCUACACUCUGAUAUCAUUAAGGAGGCACUAGGUCAAUUUAUCUUCUCUGCUUGUGUCCUUUGACUUUGCAAAGGACACACAAAACUGCAGAGUAUAUUUUUAGGAUUAUGUAGAUUUGAGCGCCAUACAUUAUAUUUCCAUCAAGUUUCUCCCUCUUGUAUUAGUAAGUGCUGCUUUUGGGAAGAAUCAAGCCUGGGAACUGUGAAGGAAACAAAAUGAAAGAGAUUUCUUUGCUGUACGUGAUGCUAGUGCUGUAUAGAUGUACACACGCUGUAAGUUCCGCUGUAAAUAACACCCAGUGUCCUGCAUUUGAUGAAACGUUUCAUUUAGGUGUUCUAUCAGCUCUGUGUGUGAAAUAGCCAAUUCCAGUCCCUUGGUUCCUUUUCUUCAUUUGAAACCUUUCUUCUUUUAUUUUUUUUUUUUAUUUGAUCUGUGUCUGGUUGUCAUUGGAAAUUGCAGCUGUUCCAAUGGACUUUGUUUUUGUCCUCUCUGUCACAUUAAAAAGCUAGAAGAAAAAGAAUGA